AGUGUGGCAGCUACCAACAUGACUGGCAGCUGUUUGUGAGUCUACUUGGAAAUCACAAUGAUAACAGAGCAACUACAAACGGUUCUGAAGGAUUCUUCUGAGCACAAGCUGAAGGUGAAACAGAAAUGCAAACAAAAAGUCAGUGAGCAGAAGAAGGCAAGGGUGUGUACAGAGUGGAGGAAGGCUCGGUCCCGUGUGGCGGCUCGUAGCAGGAGGGAAAAGGAGAGCCAGCUGUUCAGAGAGAUAGCAGCACUGCUACCCCUGGUCUCAAACGUGGAGGCUCAGCUGGAUAAAGCCUCAGUCAUCAGACUCACAAUCGCAUACCUGCGCCUCAGAGUGCUCCUCAACUCUCCUGCCUCUAACACAGCACCAGCCACCACCCAGCAUCUGUCUUCAAGCCAAGGAGAGCCUGCAGGAGUGAAUGAGAGGUGGUUUCAUUACCAAACACUUGGAGGAUUCCUGCUUAUAGUGUCACUGAAUGGCAAGAUCAUCUUCACCACAAAGGAUGCCACAUCUCACACAGGAAUCAACCAGAUGGAUCUGAUUGGGCGGAGUUUGUUUGAUUUCUUGCAUCCCUGCGAUCAAAAGGAGUUAAAAGAGAUUCUUACAAAGCUGAUAGGGAGCCAAGGACAGCAGAAAUGUGACAUUUUCCUCCGCAUCAAAGGUGCAACCAACCACAAGCUAACUCCCUGGAAGGUAAUUCACUGCACUGGAGUAAAGAAGUCGUCCAGUAUGCCAGGUUGUAGCUGUCUUCUUCUGCUGUGCCGGUCAUUGCCUGUGCAGGAUGUCAUUGAGAGAGAAUCUUAUCUGAAUGUCAAAGCAUUCCUGAGCACCCACGGCCCAGAUAUGAAGUUCACCUACUGUCACUCUGGGGUCCUGGAAUUGACUGGUUUUCGUGACACUGAGCUGUGUGGUCAGUCUGUGUACCAAUACUAUCACCCAUAUGACUGCCAGCAUAUCCUCCAGUCACAUCUCUGCUUGUUGGCGAAGGGCCAGGUAUGCACUGGGAAAUAUCGGCUGCUGCAGAAACAUGGCGGUUAUGUCUGGGUAGAGACAGACGCUACAGUGGUGUACAACAUUCGCACGGGGAAGCCAGAAAGCAUUGUGUGUAUCAACUACGUUCUGAGUGGAGUGGAGAUGGCAGAUGUGGUGUUUUCUCUGGAACAGACACAGCACCUGCUGAAACCACAGGACUCCCUCCAGCCUAAAGUGUGUACAUCACUCACUACAACAUCUUCAACAACUGACAAGCACACAAGCUCUGUGCUUCCUCACUACAAGAGAGAUGGUGCAGCCAGUGACCAUUCAGAGAUAACGCAAAAGUCACCAGCGUGUAACUCUCUCACAUGUGAGAUUUGUGAACUGGAUUUGGAUAGCCUGGCUCCAUAUAUCCCAAUGGACGAGGAAGACUUCCAGUUAACUCCUACUUUAGAUGGAGUAGUAAACAAUUCAGGCUUGAACAGAUAUCCCACUAGGCCAUGCUUAACACUGGACCCAGAGCAACACCCUUCCUUGGAGACAACAAAAAGCUUUUCACCUACCUUGCAACACUCUGACAGUUAUUCUUCCCUAACAAAUAGGUUUAGCAAGAAUCCUCCGGGAUUCAUAUCAUCAAGGCAAAGACAUAACAUCCUGCACACAGUGAACACAAAGCAACAAGUGGGGUGUAACAGUCCAGUCCCCUCUUCUCAAAACAACACACCUCAGUGGAGGACAGGCAUAGCAAAUGUCUCGCAACAGCUCAGAAAAAGCCUGGGAAAAUAUUAUGAUGAACCAACACUCUGCCGUUACCAGAACCCUCUGGGAUCAGCGUCUUGGGCACCAGUGUACUCCAAACUCCCAUGGUGUCCUCCAGCACUGUUCUUGCAGCACAGCACCCAAAACACUGAAGAAAAAAUGAUCCCAGCUCCACCUGGCUUGCCCAUACUGAGUGGACUGGAAUGUGAGCUGAAUGCCCCUCUAGGAUCCACUUCUCAGUUGCUUCAGGGGAUUGAACUGUCCACCGUCUUGGACCAAGUUGCUCUAGGAGUGUCUUGGUACUAAUGAGGGCAGCAACUGAAGUGUAAAUAUGCCUCGAAACAGAGCUAUAAGCUUUUCUGAAGUGUAAACAUGCCUUUAGCAUAUCUUUUAUAGAAUCGAUUUCACGUAUGCAUCUUAACUUAUACUUCUACACAUUUCUAAUAUCCUUUGAUGUUCACAGUAAAUGUAAAGCAACAUUUCUGAUGUCACAUGGACACAUACAGUACUUAUCCUCAUUCAUAUCAGAAAAGACAGGAUGUGGAUUCUGGUGCCAUAAUAAUAGCAACCAUAACAACUACAGAAAGAUCCACCUCAGAAAUCGAUCAUGUAGACAUCUAUGCUCUGGACUCAAUUCAAUAUAUCCAGUUCUUUAUUUUUUUUUCAGAGCUGUACAACACUUAAAACACCAAGUUUUAUUUACGGGCAUGUUUAAAAGAAAAAAAAAUCCCCUCCUCGAACACUCCAUUCACUGAAAAGGUAAUCCAUAUGGUCCAUUUUUAAGCGCAAGAUUUUAAUUAA